AUGGACAAUGUUUUCGACCAGUGGAGAUUAUGAGGGCAAUGCAGUCAAUGUAAUAAGACCGAUGCGUUUGCCCCUCUUUCUCUUUCCCCCCUUCUUUCCCGUCUUUCUUUCCUCUCUUCCACUUGAGACAACUGCCAUUGCCGUAUCCGACGCAUGUUGGCGGAAGCAACGCCUUCUCACAUUUUGUGAUUUCGGCGGUCUCCCCUCCAAACGCUAUCAUCCAAUUCUCCCACUCACGCGUAUCUUGAUCUCUUUACUCAGUUCCUACUGUCAUUCACUUCAACAUUAUCAGUCAGCUUGAUGAUAUUCUUCCUGAGCACUCUGAUUCAGUUCCCCAACAGCAGAGGCUGGAGAUACUAAGCCGACAAUGAUGGCUCAAAUGAUCAACCAACAAGCGGCAGCAAUCCGCGGAAAGAAUUUUUGGGAUCUGUUCACUUCCAUAACCUCAAAAAGCCAACAACAGCAACCAGUUGAUGCACGUGUACCAAGCGCCGGAGUUGACCCAGAUCAGCCGCGGCAGGGAACGGGGAUACCAACAAAGAAGACGCCGAUUACAACGACGACAACGACGAUGACGCGGACCACAACCAAGACUAGUAAAGUGACAUUCUGGUCCCUACCCCGCGAAAUCCGCGACAUGAUAUGGAACGAACUUCUCAUCCCAGAAGACGACAUCUUCGCAGCCAACAUAUCGUGCAACUGCCGAUGCGACGUUCGAGGCAUUCAGGAGCAUGUCCGUGAGAGAAACGAGUCGCUGUUUAACAACUCAUCUAGAACGUCCGGGAGGUCUGAGGAGAUCGUUUAUAAUUCUCUGCUCUUCAGCUGCCAACCGCCGCUCUUGGCCCAUAUUUGCUACGAAUCCCGCGAGUAUGCGCGGAGACGGUACGAGUCGGCGUAUAGAAAGGUGCAUGCAAGUGUCGAUUUUCGUGAGCAUCUGGAGGAUGCUGAACUGUUCGCGAAGAUGGAAGGGAGGCUGCAGUGGCUUUCUAGAAAGGUUGUACGGUAUUUACGCUUUGAACUCGGCGACAGCGAGGUGGAGGAGGAGGAAGAAGAAGGAGAAGAAGGAGAAGAAGGAGAAGAAGGAGAAGAAGGAGAAGAAGGAGAAGAAGGAGAAGAAGAAGGAGAAGAGGACAAUGACAACAUCUCACACGUGCCAUCUGAGGAGAACGGCGAUCUAGAAGCGCCAUUGGGGCAAAACAACAGCCAAGAGUUGCCCCUUAUGGAUGACGAUAAUUUAGAGAUGGAUCUUGGGGGGAAUAAUCGCCUGGCGGCUUUCCUGCGAAGAAAUCUCCGCAUCCUUGAGGAAAAUCCUCUUGGGGAGGAUGAUGUUCUGCUCCUCCGCUGUCAUCAAGCGAUGAGUGCCUCGAAAAGUGUUCGACUAGCCAUCCUUGAUCUUUUGACGAAGGCUAAUGACUAUCAGAUCAAAGUAGUCUGUGAACUCCCGGGUUAUUGGGCUGUUCCUUUAGCCGCGUGGGCAAUGGACCCAUGGGGGUUGUUUCGCAAUCGAACUCCCGGCUGUGAGUUUGACAAGUACGAAUUCGGGUAUACGAACCGCUUCGUUGACACUCGCAACCUUCUUGACUUCUUUGGCUUCGAGGCCCUUAUGAAGUCGUUCCUCUUUGGCUUUGGUCUUUCUGAGGCAGAUGAGGCCGUGGACAAGUUUGUCAGCGAUACGGAGUACCGAAAUCAACUAUUGGCGGAAUACUUGAAGCCUUUCGAGACCUUGUGGGUCGAGGGAGUAAAGGACAUGAAAUCGUCACGAUAUGGACGAAUGCCAAAGCUCGGAACCGUUAUUGAGGUUUACCUGGGAAGUUAAAUCUAGUGCACAGACGUUGAUGGAGGCAUACUCUUGAAGACUUAGAUUGAUCGAGCGAGUAACGUGAGAUAAAUUGAAACAAGGCAUAGGUAAUUCAAUGUUCAAAGCAGGGGAUUGGUG